UGAGACGCAUUGCGCCGUGUUCUUGUUGAGUGAACAUUUGUGAGUAAAGGUCAACCUCUCGAGUAACAUCUCAAUUGCGUGAGGCCGAACUGUUCUUAGACGAGUGGAUUUAUUCAUUAAGUGUUGUUAUUGAGUUUGUGUUAAGUGUACAGUAUUCGGGAAACUCGAUCUGCAAUAUUUUUUAGUGAUUCCAAAUACUGUGUUGGAUUAUCAACGAGAAAAUCUUUGUGGUCGAAACCGGAAAACGUCCCCGAAAUCCGUCGGAAUGCUACCGUACAGCUCUUAUGCGGCAGCAAUACAGCAGAUCCAAAGCCUCAACCACGAUCUGGCACUGUUCGGCAGUCAGCACUCAGGUGGACGCUACCUGCCCCAUCCGGAGCACAGUGCGGCCACGCUGGGCCAGUCGUACUUUGGGCUGAACAAUUGGUCACUGCCGUUCUCGUUCCUGAAGUCGGUCCAUCGGCCGGAAAAGCCACCCUUCUCCUACAUUGCCCUGAUAGCCAUGGCGAUCAGUAGUGCACCGAACCAGCGGCUAACACUAAGCGGAAUCUAUAAGUACAUUAUGGAUAACUUUCCGUACUAUCGCGAAAAUCGCCAGGGCUGGCAGAACUCCAUCCGGCACAAUCUCUCGCUGAACGACUGUUUCAUUAAGGUACCGCGGGAAAAAGCGUCCGGAGCCGGUGGCAAGGGCCAAUCGUCCGACGGGGACGGUGGUGAAGGUGGUGGUGGUAAUGCAGGAGCAGGCGGCAAAGGUAGCUACUGGAUGCUGGACCCGUCGGCAAACGAUAUGUUUGAGCAGGGCAAUUACCGGCGCCGUCGUACCCGCCGACAGCGCAACGCAAAAUUGAUCCUGAACGGCCACUUUCAGGGUUCACCGUUUGCGCUGGCCUUUCCACCGACCGGAGACUUUAUGAGCCCGUCAACGGUAACGCACCUGCCACCACAGCCCCACGGUCGACGAAACGAGGGCACCGAUCUUCAUCAUCUGAUAGUGCGAAGUGAUUUGAUACAGCAGCGGCAGCAGCAGUCUCCGGAGCUGGCCGAUCCGGCUCUGCUCUUGCUUGGUUCCGGCUGCUACCAUCACCCUCACGGUGGUUAUGUCCACGGGGCAUCCUCAUCAGCAGCGCUGCUGGCCGAUGGGCUGGUAGCAGGUGAUUCGCCGACGUCUUCCCUUGACACAACUUCAUUAGCCGAUACGAGCGGAGCCCGGGAUGGAGUGGGCCACCAGCGUGGAAGAUGGUCACCUUCUUCAGGAUGCCACCACAUCAAGCACCGGAGCGACGAGGAAACGGUUCCCUCCAUCGACGGUGGAGAUGAAGUAGAGUUCUUGGAACACUUCCCGAGUGGCACACAUUCCGAGGGCGAGUACGAAAAUGAACUUAACGCACUAAAUCCGGCCGGCGAGCGACAUCCGAGGAUGGAAUUAAGCGCACGUGCGAGGAAAAGUGAUAAUUGCUUGAACCAACAGUUCCCAUCGACGGUGCGCUUCACGGCCCACACGCUGGACGCUUUGCUGCUGGGCGAGCUGAGUGGAUUGCGUGUUAGAGGCUGCGAGCUAACGUCACCUUUCUCGUGUACCACCAGUCCCGAUCGGCAAAGUUCUCACUCGGGCGAACGGCCGUUCCGAACGGUCAGUCCGGAUCAAACGGGAUUUGCGACUGCCCCGGCCGGUGAUGGUUUGUGCACACCUGAAAGCGCAUCGAAACCGACACUUCCGACAUCGGUAGCAGCAGCAGCAUCCGUCAGAGCGUCCGGAUCGUCCAGCUCGCCGGUAACAGCGUACUGCUGCCCCAGUGUAAACAGUGCCCGGCUCUCGCCCGGCCGGCGUGAAAGUCCGAAAGCUGGCUCACCGGUUACAGUGACCGUACCGGUUCGCACGAAAGUUGGUGGCUUAAAGUCGAGCAAUUUCACCAUCGAAAGUAUUAUGCGACGGGACUAGGAAGCGUAAUAGCAUGGUCGCCAUUUACAUCUCUCGCCCAUGAGGAGUGGAGCGAGGGAGGGGGGGAGCAGAUGUGUGGACAGUGUGUUGACAGUAGCUUAAGUCGACAAACUAACUAGUCAGUGGAGUGGUUUCGUAAAUAAAAUUCAUUCAACGUUGCCGUUUGGCAACGACCGAAACUGACCAUCGGGGAAGCAAGCAGACGGAGAGAGAGAGAGAGAGAGAGAGAGAGAGAGAGAGAGAGAGAGAGAGAGAGAGAAUGGCAGAGGGAAAGUUGGUGUUGGUGUAAGGUGAUGAAUAGACGAUUAAAAAAGAUGACAUCCCAGCAGGCGCUUGGGGACUCAGGGAAAGUGUGUUUGGGUACUUCUACCGGUUGCAUCCGGCUUUGUUGACUCUUUUAGUGGUGCUUUGAAAUUUGGCAGAAAAUUGAAGAGUACAUUACUUCUCGGACACAAUUUACUGGGCGUUCAUCGUUCAUCGGGAUUGCUGUUAACAGAGAAUAAAUCUAAGCUUUUGCCGGUACAGGUAGUACCGGAGAUACUGUAUGACUUAGUGAAUUCCAAACACUUACGAUUUUGGAUGCGUUUGAAGCUAAAAUGUAGGUUGUUUGCUAGACAAAUAAGAUUUCCAAAUAAAAUUAUUAAUUUUAAAUGUUUGAAAAUGAGUUAGGAGGA